AUGUCCUUCUCAGGUGACAGCUUCAUGUUAGACAUGGACUCAGAGAAUCAAACUUCAAGCACCAGCUUCAUCCUGGUGGGGCUCUUUGGUGACACGAAGCAUGCGGCUCUCCUGUACCUGGUCACCUUCAUCUUCUUUCUGAUGGCCCUCACUGGGAAUGGGCUCCUCAUUCUCCUGAUCCACGUGGAGCCGCGCCUGGGCUCCCCCAUGUACUUCUUCAUCAGCCAGCUGUCCCUCAUGGACCUCAUGUACGUGUCUGUGACAGGGCCCAAGAUGCUUGUGGGCCAGGUCACUGGAGACCACACCAUUUCUCCCUCAGGCUGUGGGGUCCAGAUGUUCUUCUACCUGACUCUGGCUGGAGCAGAAUUUUUUCUCCUGUCUUCCAUGGCUUAUGACCGAUAUGCUGCCAUUUGCAGACCUCUCCAUUACCCACUGCUGAUGAACCAGAGGGUCUGCCAGAUCCUGGUGUCCGGAUGCUGGCUCCUGGGAUCGGUUGAUGGUCUGCUGAUAACUCCCAUCACCAUGAGCUUCCCCUACUGUAGAUCCAGGAGAGUCCCAAGCUUCUUCUGUGAGGCCCCCGCCCUGCUGAAGCUCUCCUGCACUGACAUCUCCCUGUACCAGCUGCUCAUGUACCUGUGCUGUGCCCUCAUGAUCCUCAUCCCCAUCUUGGUCAUUUCUGGCUCCUACAUCCUCAUCCUGCGCCUCAUCCUCAGGAUGAACUCAGCUGAGGGGCGCAAGAAGGCGUUUGCCACCUGCUUCUCCCACAUGACAAUAGUGAUGCUGUUCUUUGGUGUGGCCCUCUAUACCUACACGCUCCCCAGUCCCUACCACACAGCCCAGCAUGACACUUUGGUGUCUGCCUUUUACACCAUCAUCACACCUGUGCUGAACCCCCUCAUUUACAGCCUCCGAAACAAAGAUGUCACAGGGGCUCUGAGGAACAUCUUCCAAUCAAGGCUGAGCCUGAGAAAAGCUAUGUCUAUUUCCUCAGAGUCUUUUGAACACCCCAGUAGCUGA